AUGUUCCUCCGAGGUAACCUCUCAAGGCGGGAUGCCUUCCUUGUCCUGUUCGGAGCAUGUUUCAUGCACAUCUCGUCCUUCGUCUUCCAAAGCGGACAGCUGACAAACCAGUCAACGGCCACGGUGAUCAUUAACCAGCCGGCUUUGACGGCGUCGAUUGCUUCUAAUGCAAAUGCACCUACGGAGACGCAAACGCCUAGUACUGGGGUCGUAGCAGAACAAAUUGCCGCAGCCUAUCCUUCUUCACUAACGCAUAUACCCCAAUCCAAUGCCCUCCCACCAACCAUCAUCCUUGCACACGCACCAGGAUGGACGUUGUUCCAGAAUCUCUACAUGUCGAACGGGACGUUAUUCCUCAUCAUACCCAACUCAUCAUACACCCCUUCGACGAGCGCGAGCGACGCAUACGGCACCACGAAAGUCGACGGCUUGUUCCCCGAGAUCAGGAUGAUGACUAGCACGGGGCUCAUGGCGCUCAACAAUCCAGAGAACAUCGCGCAGAGGGAACCUACGGAACGGGAGAUGCGCUUUGUGAGCGUACUUGAGGCGGUGGGGAUGUGGGGUAAAGAAGGCGAGGAAAAGCGAGUUUGGACGGUUGAUGGGAAUACGCUCCUCUUCAACGACCCACCCCAAUUCCUGCGACACUACUACCACUUCGUUGCCGAACUCUUCCUAGGCGUUCAAGCAUUCUGGCACGGCUUCUUCUCUUCACCUACAUCCCAUAACCCCAAAUCUUCUUCCACGCCUCCGCCAAUACAUCGCGCCAUAUUCAUACACUCGGACGCGGAUGGAUGGCGAGACGACCCCGGGUUUAAUGCAUAUUUCCUUCGAGCGGCCUUUCCAUCUCUUACAGUGGAACACCAGGAAGACUGGGGUGAUCGAGUGACCGCUAGCAUUGAGUCGGGUGUGGGGGACGCCAGCAAGGCGAGGGCAUGGCACUUCCCCUUGGUACUUCUGGCAGACCGAAGCGCAGCGCAUCGCGGCGUGAUGUGUGGGAGUCGGACGCAGAGGACUGCGGCGGAGGCUUGGGACUAUAUGCGUGUCCGUGGGACGUUGAGAGGGAUUCGUGUGGGUGGGUGGUGGAAUCCUGUGAGGGAGGCGAUCUGGCGAUUUGCGGGUGUGAAGGCAUCGCAAAUUGGAGGUCAUGCUCGUCUCGUCGGAAUGGACGCGGAGAAACAGAUGUUGUUGUUGCCCAUGCCGGAAAAGAUUGUCAUCACUUACAUUUCGCGACAGAGUGCACAUAAGCGGAGGCUCUUGAAGGAGGAUCAUGAGGCGCUCGUUAAGGAGCUGGAGGCGUUGGUUGCACGAAAGAAUGCGGAGAGGGAGGCUGGUGGUGGUGGAGAGAAGGAGUUGGUCAAGGGUGGGGGAGUCGAGUGGGCUCCAUUGGCAGAGACGAGCAAGUCUUCCCAACAGCAACCAGAGUGGGAACUCCAAGUCCUCGAAGCGGAACAUAUGACCAAAGACGAGCAAGUCCGCGCUGCUUCUCGAACGACCAUCCUCCUAGGCGUACACGGCAACGGCCUAACCCACCUCGUCUUCAUGCCGCCCACCCGCAUCUCCGCCGUGAUUGAGAUAUUCUGCCCUCCCGGGUUCGCACAUGACUAUCAGUGGACGACGCGGGCGUUGGGGAUGACAUAUUUUGGGGUGUGGAAUGAUACGUAUUUUACGCGGGAGCCGGAGGUGAGGUAUCCGGAGUGUUUUCAGGGGGAUGGGAUCAUGGUUUGGGCGGGGGUUGUGGUGGAGAUUGUUGAGGGAAGGGUUCGGGGGAGGUUUGAUUGA